AUGAUGGACAGCGACCGCAACAGGCGAAGCCAGACGGCCGAAGCAGAAAGCCGGCGGAGAAAGCUGCUCACACCUGUUGGAAAGGACGGGCGACAAGUGCUGGACAAAGCCGCUCUGUCGGAGCAGACGAGUGACAAGGCUGGACAGGCAGACCAGCCGGACGGGUGCCUAGCAAGGCGUCUCGGCGAGUCGGGCAGCGCUGAGCUGCGCGAACAGACCCUGAUGAUCGGCGGCUGCGUCGUUUUGCGGGCGAUGGGCAUGGACUGA